GACUUUCAAUUGAAUUCGGUAGGUCGACGUAUACAUGGUAUAUAGGCUCCUAAAGGCGAUGUACAGCUUCGCUGUGUGAACAUGAACUUCUGCUCUCUCCCGAGUUUCUUUAUCUAUAUGGAUAUGAUGGCAAUACCCAGUGAGUUACCCGGUAUCCCUGCAUGACUAUUGACCUUUGACCUGUGAAGAACAGAAGGAAUUAGAACCAUGCUGCAGCAGCAGAGACAACAAGAGCACCAAGAACAUCAUCAGACAGAGAAACAACCGUUCUUUAAACCAAGUAGCAGUAGCCAGAGUCAGAGCAGACAAGAUAGUUUCUUCAUAAACAUUGAAAGGGAUCAGCAGACAUCGACAUCAUCAGCAGCUUCUCUCUUCACUGAAAAUGGUACUGCUCAAUCAUUGGCUGGUUCUGAAGGGUCAAUGCUCUUUUCAAAGCCUCUACAGGUUUCUGAUCAGUUUCUACAAAACACCUCAGAAAUGACCAAGGAGUUCCACACAUCUAUUGCCCAGCAUGAGAAUGAAACCAUUGAGAUACAGAAUCAAGACAAGAUGAAUGCUUUACAUUCUCGUCUUCAUCAAGAGGCUGAUAAAAUACGACGUUGGAAAGUUCAGAUGGAGAUUGAUGUGAGACAGAAAGAGAGAGGUUUGAGUGAUGCUCAGCAAACGAUUGAAUCACAAAGGAAAUCACUUCUUGAACUUCAGCUCCAAAAUGAGAAUCUUAGUGUGCGGCUACAGGAGGAGAUUGAAAAUAGAAUAGAUAUCUCCCAGAAGAUUGUAUCAACGAGGGAGAUGUGUAACUUGGUGAAAGACUACGCAGGCAAGUUAGAAAGCAAACUGGUUGAGAGUGAACAUGUCAGAGAGGAGAUACAAGAUAAUGGACAAAGACAGCUUGAAGAUAUGAAGGUUCUGGAAAUGAAGUUUCAAGACCUAAGCCUUGCUCAGUGUAACCAAGUCAAUGAGCUGAAAUCAGAAUUGCAAAAAGAGAAGAUAAAACUAACUGAAGCUGAGAAAACAAUGGGCCACAAGGUAGCUGGAGUUGAGAAAGAGUGUGAAGCUUUGCAAUGUAUCUGUGAUAAGAAGGACCAAACUAUGUCUGAUCUCCAAGCUGACAUCAAGAAGAUGUCAAGACAGAUAGCUGUACUUCAUCAAGAGAAAGAAUGCCUUCAGGAAUCUUUAAACCAAGCGAAUGAAGAAGUUGUUGCCAACCAGCAGCUCCUGUCAAAGAUCAAAUCAGAGCUCAAAGAAACGACCAGCUAUAAGAACAAACUGCAAUCUCAACAGGUUGAACUUGAAAAAGAGCUUCGUGUCCUGAUGCAAGAUGCUGAGAUAUCCAAGAAAACGAUUGACAAAGAUCAGAAGAUUGUCAAAGAUCUAGAAGAGGAUAUCAAACUGAAAGAGAAUGCUUUAGAGGAACUGGACACAAAACUGAAUGGGAUGAAGGAAGAAAAAAAGCAACUUGAAAAAAACAUUGAGGAACAGAGCAAGAUGUUGUGUAAAAAAGAGGGAGAUAUGACAUCCUUGAAAGUUGAAUUGAAGGAAGUAUUGGAACGAGAGAAGAUGUCCUAUGAUAAACUAGACAGUAUGCGGAAAGAUCUACAGCUUGAAAGCUCUGAGAAUGCUAAACUAGUUGAAGUCAUUGAAUACACAAGGAAAGACAAGCAGAUCUUGGAACAAGAACUGGACAAAUGUAAGCAAGAGAUUGAAGAUCUUCAUGCAAAAAUCAAGAUACUUGAAAAUGAUAUUAAAUUAGAGAAGACCAAAUUACAGACUGUGAUUGAUGCCAAGGCUGCCUUAGAGAAAGCUAAUGAUGAUCUUAAGAUCCAGAAUGAGAAACAACAUGAUGACUUCAACCUUCUUUUAGAGGAGGAAAAGAAACAGAACCAAGAGCUGACUGAAGAACUGGAUCAACUGAAGAAGGACAAGUGUAACCUGGAAGAUAAAAAUAAAUCGCUUCAUGGACAGACUGGAGGCAAGACUAAGCAAAUCAAAGACUUGCAGCAAGAGAUCAAAACUCUGAAAGGGAAGUUAACUACGACCACCAAACAGAAAACAUUGUUUGAAGAAGAGGUCAGUGACUUGGAGAAGGAUUUGAAAGCAGCACAAGCUGAUAUAGAAACCAUGAAGAAAGAUAGGACUGAGCUUUGUGAACUGAAGGAAAUAGCAGAGAAGAAAGAAAAGUUGACAGCAGCUGCACAGGAAGAGCAGAGACAAGUCUUUGAAGAAGCUAUGAAUACUUACAAGGUGAACUAUGACAAGAUAGUUGAGGAUAAGUGCGCCAUCAUCGAUGAAAUCAAGAAGGAAGUGUCUAAUCAAACUACCGCCAAGAAAGAUGAGGAGACCAAGAGAAAGACACUAGAAGAUGAGAUGGAUGUUUUGAAGAAGAAGAUGGAAGAUGUUGAAUCUUCUAAAAGGUGUCUGGAGGAUGAUGGUGAUAAAAAGGAAGAGAAAAUAACAUCAUUAGAAAACCAGCUCAAGGAAAAGGAUGAGGAAAUCAACAAACUCGUCGCUGACGCCAAGAAGGUAGAAGAGAAAUUGAUUGAAGCUGAGAAAGCAGCUAAAACAGCAGCUGAGAAAGCUGUGAUGAAGCACCAAAGUCCAACACCAAAGACUCAAGAAAAGCAGCAAUGUCCAACACCAAAAACUCAAAAGAAUGUGUCAAAGGUUGCUCCUAGGACUCCAGUUACUCCGACUAUCAACACCAAGAUGCAAGAUCAUCCCAAGACACCAAGAACACCGAUCAAUAGAUGCAAACCUUCUGACAACAUUGGUUCUAAGAACAUCAGAACUCCUUUGACCAUCAAAGCGAUGACACCACGAACCACCCCCCAGCGUAGCAUUCUGAAGCAACAUAACUCGGCCCGUUUGAAGCGUAAUGUAGCCUUUGCUGACGAUGAUGUGAUGGAAGAUGAUGGGGCCAGCUCUGAUUCAUCAACAUCACAACUGAUGGAGUUUGAGUUGGAGGAAGUGGAACACAGACUGAAGCACAAUAACACAGAUCGCCGUGUUCCAAGCCGGGCUGUCACGCCGAUGCGUAUCAAACCAUCUCCUCAAAUCAGUCAGAAACCAACGCCAAAGGGACCUCUUCAAAGAUCACUAACAACAUCAAAUAUUAAGCUAAUGGAAGAAAGCACAACACAGAAAGAGCAAGAGCUCUAUGAUGAAUUAUAUCCUGAUGAAGACACUGAUAAGAUGGACAAAAAACAAAAGGGAUGCCAGUCAACCAAGAAUGCAAGGAAGACGCCAAAGAGAGCUUAUAAGAUCAAAGGAUGGGGGGAUUCUCCUAGAGGCAGGAAGAAGAAGAAGGACGCACCAACCAAAGAAACAAAAGAAAACAACCUCUCUUGGUUUGAAAACGACGCUGUCUAUGGUUUCUUUGACUAAAUAAUAUUUUUAUCAUCAGGGGCCAUAGUAAACCUCAGAAGCAUUCUAGAUUUAGAGGAAAAAUAUGAUUUUUUUUUGCCAUUCUGAGCUCUUGUUUCAAUAUGAUUUUCAUAUUUUUUAAUACCAUUAUUGCACAAUUCUGUAGGAAUUACUGUUGCUUCCUAUUUUUGAGCAAAAUCAUCCCUAUUUUCCAGAUUGGGGGUCUGCAAAAAUAGGGUUAAAUCAAUUGGAAAAUUAUGGUUAAAUAAGCAUGGCUCUUAGAAAUAUAUAUUAUUAUAUAUAUGAAGUUCAUGAUACUUCGGGAAUUCUUUCCUUGUAUAGAGUGCUCGAUGUCCUUCACAGGAAGAGCUUUGAAUAAUAAACACAAGUUCACAAGGUUGACUGGAGGUUCAUCAAAUUUAAUUGCAACUCUGAGUUUCACGCAACCUGCGUGAGGUGCGAUCUUCAGGCAACUGAUAAAACUUUUCAAUACCAUUGAACAAUGGUAAAUAGAUAAAAGCUUUUGUGAUGAUACCAUAAAGAUAAAAGGGGAUUUCACACCAGGCCUAGCUGUGUAAAAUUGUGUUGUAUAUACGGCACGUAACUAUUGUACAUACUAUUUUGUUUGGCAUACCAUUGAUAAUUUUGGUUCAUUUCAUCGAUGUGACUAAUACAUGAUACUGGGAAUGCUGACGGUGAUGUGCAUGCAACAAGGUUUGUCAUUGAGUAUUGGGCGAUUCCAUGUUAGAAAAAUCAGCAUAUCUUUCUUUUUUUUAUAUUUUUGCAACAUUUUUCAACCUGCUGUCCAAACAAAGAAGGAACUACAAUUUGUUUUGUGGUAAUAACAAAGCACUACUGGGUAGUCCUCUAAAAAAUGACAACCAAUAAAAAUAUGUUGUCCAUGGGUGAAUUAGAGGUGAAAAUUAUGCGUGUCGUAAGACACACAACAUUUUUACUUUUAAUUCACCCAUAAUCAAAUAUUUUCUGUUGGUAUUCAGUUUUUCACAUCACUAUAACUUUAUCACUGACAAGAAAUAUAUUUUUAUUGCCCAAGCAAUCAGCUAAGAGACUAUAAAUUGUGGUCAAAAUGUCCCGUAUGACACAUGGAAUCGCCCUAUUACCCUUGUACAAUUCAUUACUAACUUUUAUGUAACAGGCCUAUAUUUAUAUUAUUCAACCACUAUGAAGAAUAGGCUUGGUUAAUUUGUUUAUGGAGUUGAAUGAUUAUGUGUAAUGCUUUUAUUUUAAUUAAUGAUGUUGUUCUAUUUGGAUGGAUUUGAGAUAGCAUUAAGACAACUACUAUGCACAUUACUUGCCCACAAAAAGAAAGAAUUCUAAAAUGAUUUGGAAAGAACUCUUGUCUAUUAUGAUGAUUUACCUGUAUAACUGUGUAGGUUUAUACUGAGAUGGGGUUUUUCAGUGUAAAAGAAGUUUGAUGUUGUUUUACUAUUGACUUGAAAUAGUGGCCUAUAAAGAUAUCUAUGCAUUUUUUUUUUUGCUUCUGAUAUUAUUUUUGUUUGUUAGAAACAAUUUUAUGUAUGAGUGACCUGCAUUCUGUGCAAAGAAGAGAGAGAAAAAAAAAAUCACUUCACGAUUCUUUCCUUGAAACUAAUAUAUUGUUAUAAUUUGUUGCACAUUUUCUUUUUAUCAUGUUUCAUCAUAUCGCAUCAAUUUUUUUAAUUUUAUGAAAGUUUGUACUGUAUUUUAUAUUAACUUUGUGAUUCAGUUGUGUUUGUUUCUCAAUUAGCCUGUCUAAUGUUUACCUCAAGUUUCUUGUUGUGCCUUGGUGUUUAAAAAAAAGUGUAAUUGUUGUUAAUUUUCUUGUUCAUACAUUUUUUCACAUUUUUGCAUGUGUACAUAUUGUACAUAUUUCAAAAAGUUAUUUAGUUUUGAGUUUAUUAAAAACAUUACUAUGGCUCUUUACACAAUAGUGUUAUAAUAUUUUCAAAACAACUCCAUAUAAAAUAGAAUAAUGUAAAUAAUUGUAGAUACGUUAAAGAUGUGUUUACUAGGUACAUUCCAAGAUAUUUUAUAUUUUAUAAAGCUUCACAUCAAUAACUCAUGUUUUAUGUGAACUUGUUUUUCAAGCUAAGAAUCUUUAAAAAGAUGAAUUUAUUUUACCUAUCGACGGAGCCAAGCAUUUCAAUGAAAAUUUACCUGAAAUAUAGAAGCUAACAUAUUAUUGUAUCAACAUUCGACAUAAGUUUGUCUGAACAUAAUCAUUCCAUAACAUAUGGAAUAUAAAUUGUUUCACUGCCAGUAUUUAUCUGCAAAAACCCUUAUCAAUUGAAUUUGUGCCUGAAAUAUUAGUGAUUUGAAUUUAUGCAUGGUAUAUUUAUUGAUUAUUUAUUUAUCUAUGUAUUUAUUACCAUAUUUAUGUAUUUAUUUAUGUUUACAUAUAAUCUAUUUCUUGUUCAUUAAUUAAUUCAUCCAUAUAUAAAAAUAGUAAGAAAAUAUAAACGUUGCAAUUUACCUGGACAUUGAUGUAUUUAUUAAUAUUUAUUGAAGUUAUUAAUGUGUGAUCUAGUAACAUCAGAUGUAAAGUAAGAAAUUGUAAUUGCCUUUUCUGCCAGAUUUUGGGGACGAAUGAAAAUAUAUAGACAAACUAUAUAAAUGGAAUGUGAUAAUACAUUUAAAAUAGCUACAAGUAUUCAAUACAAGUUGUUUGUUAUCUUUUGUUAUGCUGAAAAUAAAUUUUUUUUAAAUUGUCUG